AUGGGGUUGAACUUGUCAAAGACAGUAACCUUGAGGAGUUCUGAUGGGAAAGAUUUUAAAGUUAAAAAAGCUGUUGCUCUUCAAUCACUAACCCUUAAGCGUAUAAUCGAAGACGACGAUUGUGGAGAUGACGACGUAAUACAUUUACCCAAGGUAACAAGCAGGAUUUUGGCUAAAGUUAUUGAAUACUGCAAGAAACAUGUUGAAACUACUAUUCCUAGAGGGCAGGACGAAACUCCUCUCAUUAAUCCAAUUGCAGAAUCCAAUCCGCAGAUCUUCAAGGACAUCGAAAUUGGAAAAGUUGCUCCAGCUACGAUUGCUUAUGUUCGCUUAUCAACAGAUUACAACGUUUCUGCUAAAGAAGAAGAUAAACAAAUGGGAAUUCGAGAUAAGCACAGUGAAAAGCUUAUCAAUAUAUCUCCAAAAUUUAUUUCACUGCCAUCAGCAUGGACAUAUAAUGCUUCAAAAUAA